AUGGACAUUUUUGGUGAAACACCGUUUCGUGAGAAGCAGCUGGGAGCUGCUUCUCACGUCUGCAGUUUAAGAUCAAGUGAAGCUGAGAUGAAGAUCCAGAAUUUGCUUUUGUUUCUUUUGGCCCUGUUAGAGUUUUUCAUGAUCGCUAGCUUCGCACUUCCUGAUGAUGACGUGUACCGUAUAUUGAGUGAUCCUGCGGUUACUUUCACUUACAGCAGAUUAUCUGAAGUUGAAAAGCAGUGCCGCUCUCUCCUGUCGUCAGCUUCUGAACUGAAAACUGAUGAAGAUACAAAGUUUAGACUUAUGGGAGGGCUCGCUUUCAGCAACGGAGAUUGGGAGCAGAAAACUGGUGGGGUACCAUUGAUGCCAUUUUUUGACAGUGGCUUGCCAACCAGCUCUACUUCUCUCCCCACUGCCUUGAAUUUGGUGUCUUUUGAAGUCAAAGACGUUAGCCAGGUCCAGCAUUUUCAAAACACGGUUAGUGUUGGAGGAUAUUUGGUAAUCGGCAUAUCCAGAGAGAGCUCGUUUGUUCUUGGUUAUAACCCAGCGCCAAAUUUCAUUAGACCUGGUACAUCUGCCCUUACAUUUGCCUUUGAGGGGCUUUAUACCGAGAAUGAACAGAAUGGAGGGGAACGCAACUUGUGUUUGCUGGGAAAGUCAACAGUCACUAGCGGCAUCGGGAUUAAUGUUCCUUCAGAUUUCGCGAAUCGCUUUGGUCUAGAAACUGAUCAAAUCUCACUUGUCCUUCGCUAUCCUAUGACCUUCAAUCUGCGAAAUAGAGAAAUCCAUGGAGAAAUGCGUAGCUUAAAUGAAAAGGCGAGUCCUAAGUACUUUGAUACAGUAUACAUAACCUCUCAGUUGGGCCAUCAAUCGAUGUAUCAAUUUAGCUCAACGGUGCAGGCGUCGCCAACUUGUGAGCCAUAUCCAUAUUUUCAUGAUGAGGUGAUGGAAGAUGGAGUCCAAAAGUUUAGUUGGUCAAAGUUCUGUACUAUUCUCGGUCAGGUUUCGUGGGAAGCUCUCAGUGUUUUUCCAGAUUAUAAACUUGGUGGAAGUUAUGUAGAGGACAGAAAAUUGACAUCCGUCUUAUUUGGGAACGACAUUGGUGACAUGAAUUUGAGUUACAAACAUAUUAAGCUCAUAUUGCAACAUGUCCAAUGCAGUCAAGCAACUUCAAAUGACAGUCAUGGUGCAGAAGUUUCAGCGGUGCUGAGAGUAAUUCCUGCAGAAAUGUAUCCAAAUUUAGCACGAACAUUGACCGGUCUUUCAGGCUUGGUUUUCAAUGCUGAGGGGAGGUGGAAUCCUUCAAGCGGGAAACUUUGCAUGCUUGCUUGUCGUACUGGAGAUGAUUCAGAACUCAAAAGAUGCACUUUACGGAUAUCACUCUAUUUUCCUCGAGCAUUGUCGAUCAAGCAGAGGAGUUUAGUGUUCGGAAGCAUAUCUAACAUAAGAGAUGGAGUAAGCUCAAACUAUCAUCUUCUUUUUGAUUUAGUGAUGCAACCUUCAUAUUUGAGGAACCCAGUCUAUUCGUAUUUGUCAUACAAUUACUCAAAGCUUAGUCCGGCUAGCUCCUUUAAAAAGCGAGCUCAGCGUUUCACUACCCUCAGCCAUUCUCUGUCGAGGUAUCCCGCUCUAAAAGGAGCAGAAUCACGAGCUCAGCUUGAUUCGCUCUCCGAUGAGCUCCUCGUUGAUGGCUGUAUUGCCCCUGAUCUACCUGAUGGUCUUGGUACACGUAUCUCCAUUCGUAUGGAGGUACUUUCGCUAGGUCCACUAAUUGGACACUUCCACGAAGAUGGUUCAAAGGAGGUUGCAGUCAAUACAACAGCUAAUGUCACCUUCACCAACAGACAGCUUCUGAAUGUCUCAACACAUCUUGUUUUCAGAGAAUUGAAAGAAGAAACUCGGGAAUUUACCAUGAUAUCUUACAGGAAUAUCUCACAGGUGUUCUUGGAAGGUAUAUAUGAUCCAGUUAUUGGUGAGAUGCAUCUUAUUGGCUGCAGAAAGGUUGCAAUCGGAGGCACUGGUGUAGAAAGGGGCCUAGAUUGUUUGAUUGAAGUUGAAAUUCAGUAUCCCUCUGAAAACAUGGAACAUACCAAAAUCACCAUCACCAGCCAAAGGGGUCGAGAUGAUCCCCUAUGUUUUGGCCCUGUUAGCUUGCUGACUAACAAAACUCCUUGUCAAGACCACUCACUCUAUCGAAUGGGUCAAGAUGACCCCUUAUAUUUUGGCCCUGUAAGCUUGCCUCGUUAUGAAAACCAUACAUUGACUGUGGCCUAUCGAAGAAAUUUUGAAGGGAUUCUUCGAAUUCUGUUGCUUAGUGGGGUAAUUGCAAUGACAUGGAUCCAACUCCAUUAUAUGAAGAAACAAACAAAUGUUAUUCCUUAUGUGUCUCUUGUCAUGCUUGCUCUUCAGGUUCUUGGUUAUAGCCUUCCAUUGCUCAGUGGUGCUGAAAUUCUCUUCAUAUCUUCGUCUUAUGAUCUUGAUUGGUAUGGGCUGUUGCCAAAAGUCCUCGACUAUGCUGGAAGAUUUCUUGUUUUGGUUUCUUUGCUACUCACUUCAAGGAUUUUCCUGAUGGUGUACAAAUAUCAGAACAAACCACUUUGUACUUCCAAGAUGAAACAUUUUUGGGUUCCUCACAAUAAACUGGUCCUUCUAAGUACUUCGGCUGUACACACAGGUGUUCUUAUAUGGCUAUCUGUAUAUGGGCAUCGAGACAUGCUGUUUCAUCCUGAAAAUGGUAGCUAUAAAACAGGAGCUAUUCAUGUGCAACAAAUUUGGAUGAGAAUCCUAAAAGAUUUUGCAGGAGUUGUUCAAGAUUUCUUUCUACUUCCUCAGAUCAUCAGCAACUUCUUGUUGCAGACAAAUGUUAAAUCACUGCACAAAGCACACUACAUUGGGCUUACCUUGAUUAGGCUUGUUCUGCAUCUUUACGACUAUAUCAGCAAUCCUUUUCUAGACUCCGAAUUCCAAGAUUCAGAAUUUGCGAGCCCGGAGAGUACUUCUGAGUUUAGAAAGUCUGCGGUUGUAAUAAUAAUGGUUGUGCUAGCAGUAAUAGUCCACAUCCAGCAGAAUUGGAAGAAGCUAAGCCAGUGGUUGGAAUUAAGAAAGUUGUCCGAUAAGUUAGACGAAGAAGUCUGA